AUGGUAUGUGGUCGAGAUGCUGACAACGGUGCCAAUGUUCAAAGCGGUUGUGGUACCAAGUUUAACUGGUCACAAGCUCCAGAAUACAAAGCUUCAGUUAAUGAACAACCGGCAUUUGAACAAUUUAUUCGCGAUGUACCGAAACAACAGCGACAAAAUUUUCAAAACAAUGGCAUUACCUACAUAUGCGGUAAUUGUGACAGAGAUAUGGAUGGAAUACUUUUCAAAUGCAUUUAUUGUCCGAUCGAUGUCACUUAUUGUGAUAGAUGCGAGCAGGCUAACACGUUAGAACAUCAUCAAUUAUAUCCAACACAUGUAUUCAAAUUGAUAAUGCCCGGAGAAAUAUAG